AUGUCAAGCACCAUGACCUCCAUCUCAGUGCCUGCAAUUCGUUCGGCGCGAGCUUUGAAAUCCACAUUAGCUGCGUGUAACCACGUCGCUGCCAGCAGGCGCUUUUCUAAUGCAGUCGCGGCGCGACGAGACGCAGUUGCAGAUCAAGCCAGCAGUCGCAGUAGCAAGAAUCAGGACAUUCCCAAUCCGGAUCGGCCGCAGAGCAACAAGCAGCGUCCACCUCGUACCAUUGAGCGGCACAGACCGGAAAACGUGGUCACAUCCGCCUCUUCCCCUCCUCGAAAGCGCGGCGAAGACGUUUCUUCUUCUCCUACUUCUUCUGCCGGAGUUCCUUUCGUGCUUCCAAACACGGACUGGUGGAACUCGGCAAAUACACGGCGGCCAGAUCGACCUACGCUCCAAUCGAUCGAGGAUAGACCCUGCCAAGCCGUACCUGCUCGACCAGCCGGCGCAGAGGGUACCAUGCCCAAGCACAAAACUCUGCGAGAUGCGAGUCAGAGUCUGCAAGUGCGCGUCAACUUUUCAGGCAAAUCCGGUCCGAGAAGAGGUCACGGAGCGAAACCGAUCGCUUAUAAUGGACCCUUGACAUCCAUUCAGGAGAGAAAAGAGAUGGAUUUAAGAGAACGAGUGGCGGGUGAUGCGUCGCAGUACCAAUCUUCUACAUUGCUCAAGCCCAACGACACACAGGUCGUCAAGACGGCCGCGGAUGCGCUCUCUACCGACUCGCACAUGAAGCUGGAGCUGAAGUUUUGGACAGUCGAUAAGAUCAGGGAACUGCAAGACGCACAGGCUAUUCAGGCUGCCAACGCCAAGUUGAUCCAUCAGCGAGAGACGAAAGAGGUCGAGGUGAAGAGCAGCCCUACCUCCGAACCUACCAAGGCGAAGGGCAAAGGAAAGGGAGGCAGAAAGUAG